AUGAUCCAAAGCAACCUUAACUUUAGCACCUCCUUCAUGAACCCAGAGCAGAACAGCGCGUUCACGGCACUCGGUACGAGCAGCUCAUGUCCGAAAAGUUUGUUGGCACAAAUGCAGCAAGCUGUUCAGCCAUCCCACCCCCCUUUGAAAAAACGUGACUUCACUUUGUCACCCACAAAUGAUUCCGAGGAAGCAUCGCAGCCAAGCAAGAAGCGCCGCGUUGCAGUCGGUAUGGGAAGUUGGUGGAAAUUUGGGUCGAUGCCAACUGAAAUCAAGAAUCUUGCCAAGCAAGGAUCAGUCAAGUGUAAACCACCAUCCUCAGGAAGUACCCAGGUCACCACCAUGGACCCUAGACCGUUCCCCCCAGCAACGAUACAAAUCCGCACAGCCAUGCCUAUGUCGCUCCCCAACCAAGUCUCUCAAGUACUUGACAACAGCAUCACACAAUUCAAUACAGCCCAGCUGGAGGCAGCACAAGCACGAAUCGCCGCUGUGACCCAGCUAGCAGUAGCGCCUACAACCCCUGUCGCCCCAGUAGUGGAACGAAGUGAUCAUGACUCAGUCUCAGACACUGGAAGUGGUGGCUUGAAAUACCGCCAGUACCAAGCUGAAAACUGGUCUGAACGUUAUGAGUCCUUGAUUAUCUUCCGAAAGAACCAUGGACACUGCCUCGUGCCCAACUCUUACCCCGAGGAUGUUGCUCUUGCACAAUGGGUAAAGCGCCAACGCUAUCAAUACAAGCUAAAACAAGAGUCAAAGAGAUCGACACUCUCCGACGAAAGAGUUGAGGCUCUUGACAAUAUUGGCUUUGUGUGGGAUUCCCACAGAGCUGUAUGGGACGAACGAUUCAAUGAGCUUCUCGACUACAAGCGUGUCAAUGGCAACUGCAACGUGCCCAGUCGAUACACCGAGAACCGUCAACUUGCCGUUUGGGUCAAGCGUCAAAGAAGACAGCACAAAUUCUUCCGCACAAACCAGCCAUCCAGCAUGACGGAAGAGAGAAUAAUCAGGCUCGAAUCCAUCGGCUUUGAAUGGGAUCUAAGAUCACGGGACUCCAGUUAA